GGUGCUGUUGACAAUUAACCUUUCAAGUAGAUCUGAAAUCUACCACUCCCCAGUCUCCCUCAAAAGAUAGAUUCCAGAGAGAGAGAGGGAGAGAGAGACAGGAGAGAGAGACAGAGACUUUCCAACUCUCUACUGAGCAAAACCCGCUUGUUUACACUUGAAACCCUACUGAGUGAGUAGUAGUGAUAUACAGAGUCCAACAACUGUGUUGUUUUAGCCCCAAAAACCAUUUUUCUCUCACUCUCUUGUUUUUCUCUCUCUUUCAGAGAGAGGCAGACCCAAGAAAACCCCUCAUGGGUUCCUAUGAAGUUACAAACAUACUCUUCACUAAGAUCAAGGCCUUAGACCCAGAAAAUGCCAUCAAAAUCAUGGGUUAUCUUCUCAUACAAGAUCUUGCCGAGAAAGAUUUGAUUCGCUUGGCUUAUGGUCCGGAGACCCUUUUGCACUCGCUGAUUGUGAGGGCUAAAAUCCAGUUGGGCCUUUGCUCGAGCACUUCGACUACAUCUUCCACACCUUCCUCUCCUUCACCGCUAAAUCCCAUAGCCAGACCAACUAACGCCAACCCAUUUUCACAGUCUUCCCCUAGAAUCCCGAACGGUUUUGAUUUUGGGAAAAACCCAUCUUCUCCCUCCUCAAAUGCCUGGCCACUUUCUGGUUUCCCAAACAACUCCAUUAGCCCAAAGUCAAGCCCUUUACUCUCUUACGACAAUAUCCGAGCCGGGUCAGUUUCACUUCCAGUACAUUCACCCCGCUACAGCAAGGAUGGUGGGGGUGAUGUUUGGCCUGGCGGCGACCUCAUUGACGAGCACCAACUCAAUGAGUACCUCUCAUUUCUCAAUGAGUCUUCGUCCUCGUCGAGGCCCGAGGAUUUCAUCGAUCCUCGGCUCGAAUUGGGUCAUGGGGUUCCUGAUUGGGCUCAUUCUGUCAACAAUGGUGAUGCCCAUUUCCACAGAAGGAGCUAUUCGGCUAGCGAUGCGUGUCUCGGGUCCGAAGAUGCUGCUUUGGGAGGGGGGUUCAAGCCAUGCCUUUACUUUGCCAGAGGGUUUUGCAAGAACGGAAGCAAUUGCAAGUUUGUGCAUGGCGGUUUUGCUGAUUCCUUGGACGGUUCUGGUGCCAUUGUGGGGUCUCCGAGUAAUAUAGACAGUUUCGAGCAGCAGGAGGAGAUGAUGAGGUUGAAGGCUGCUCAGCAACAGAGAUUAGCUGCUGCUUCUCAGUUCAUGGGUGGAGUGUCACCUACUCCUUACAGCAAGUACAUGAAUUUCCUUUUGCAACAGCAAAAUGACCCUCAGAGAGUGGCAGCGAUGAUGAUGGGGGAAGAAUUUUACAAGUUUGGGCGAUGUCGACCUGAUAGAAACGACCUUUUGGCAAUGUCUUCAGUUGAAAAGGCGAGCUCGGCUUCAAGACAGAUCUACUUGACAUUCCCAGCUGAGAGCACUUUUAAAGAUGAAGAUGUUUCAGAAUACUUCUGCAAGUACGGGCCAGUUCAAGAUGUAAGGAUUCCAUACCAGCAGAAAAGAAUGUUUGGUUUUGUUACAUUUGUCUACCCAGAAACUGUGAGGCUCAUAUUGUCCAAAGGAAAUCCUCAUUUUAUAUGUGAUUCCCGUGUGCUUGUCAAGCCCUACAAGGAGAAGGGAAAAGUCCUGGAUAAGAGGCAACAGCAACAACAGCAUCUAGAGAGGGGAGAAUUUUCACAAUCUUUGAGCCCUGGUGGUCUUGAUUCUAGAGAUCCCUAUGAUCUCCAACUUGGGGGAAGAAUGUUCUAUGGUACACAGGAGAUGCUAUUGAGAAGAAAAUUGGAGGAGCAGGCCGAAUUACAGCAAGCCAUUGAACUCCAAGGGAGAAGAGUCAUGAGUCUGCAGCUCCCAGACUGGAAGAAUGACCGCUUACCCCAUCACCAGCGCAGUCUGUCUGUUGGUGCUCAUGUUCCCUUAAGUCCUCAGUCUCAUGUGCAGAUCAAUCAAAAUGUCAUUCCGUUUGAUAGCAUUAAACAAGAAGUUUCAGAAGGCCACGGUGAUAUUCCAGCUGUCUCAAUUUCUGUGACUGCUGAGCAGCACCUUCAGAAGGAAGAUAAUUUUGCUUUCAUUCACAAUAAUGGCAAUGGCAAAAACAAGGAGCAAGGCUCCUACUUGGAAACUCCUGAUCUUCAGAAAAGCAGUGUAGAGCAGGUCCUUCCUGAUUGCCUUUUUGCUGCUCCCUCAAAUUCAGCUGGGGAUCAUCUCUCUGACUUGUCAACCGCUGUGUCAGAUCUUAAUGAUACCAUCAUAACUGCUGAAAACAAAUCAUCAUCAUCAUCAUCAGUCAAUUCUGCCAGCUGCAUGGCUUCUCAUUAACGCUGAUUGAUUUUGCUAGGGAGAGUAGAGAAGCAUAUACAAGGAAGAAAAAUCCUCUAGAUGUAUAGCUGAAUUAUACCUACAUCAAAGAGUAGAUCCAUAGAGAAGAUCGCAACAAGGUCUCACCGUCAUCAAUACAUACUGCUAACCGAUACUACAUAUUUCAUACGCAAGGAGAAACGAAAUGAAAUUACGAGAGUAGGAUUUGUCGCUUUUGCUACUUUGUACCCUCUCUGUAGGUGUGCUGACCACCACACAGGCUAGACCAGAACAAGGAUUGUAACUUCUAUCUACAGUCAUAUACACCACUUUUCUUUCU